UGCUAACAAAACUGGUUUCUGUAUUAACCAUGGGAGGGUUAUCUAGUACACACAUCUCUAUGGUAACUAUAAGAAGAAAUUUCUGAAACGUGACAAAAUCAGUCAGAUCAAGUAAAAGCACGAAGCGGAUCGGAAGAAAAACUGCUGUCACAAUUGCUCUUUUGAGCUCUUCAAAUAUUAGUCUGAGAUGCUGCAAACAUUGCUGUUCAUCUUAACUGUCGUUCAAAUGACAGACUGUUAUCGUUUUGACCCUGAUGAACCGACUGACUUCUCCAUCUUGGUAACAGAAAACUUCACUGGAGAGGCCGGUUUGUGCAUCAGAGUAUUCUGUUCUUUCACUGUCCCUCAAAGUGUCUCAGAACCCAUUAGGAGAACCUGGUUCAAAGGAGGUCCACAAAACCCAACUGCUGAAGUUCCCUGUGUUCACAUUUUUGGAGAUAAAGACAAUGAGAGAGAAUGCAGCUUUAUGCUGGAAAACUUGGUUCAGGGUGAAUCUGAUGGUGAAUACAGUUUCAAACUGGAAUGGGGACAAGGAAAAGUGUAUAUCUUUCCUCAGACAGUAAAAAUUACUGUAAAAGAGCUCACCGAGAAGCCAACAAUAGAAGUCCCACAGCUCACCGCAGGAGAGAAGGCAGAGAUAAACUGUAGAGCUCCAGGGAGUUGUGUGAAUCUCAAAACAGAUAUUGUAUUUAAAGGGAUUGAGCCUGAUGAAGUGCAUAGGAGGAUGCGUGGUGUGUCUGACUGGGAUAAUACACUUUCCGUAUUCACUUUCCAUCCUGAGCCUGAACAUCACAACACUAACCUCACCUGCAGGGUAAUUUUUCAAGAAAACAUUUGGACCGAAAGUACCGUGAUCCUCAAAGUAAGACAUGCCCCUAAAAUCCUUUAUAGCUCCCGUUGUUUGGUGUGGGGUGAUGAAUUGACCUGCAUGUGUGUCAGCAGUGGUUUGUCGUUACCCCAGAUAUACUGGCCGAUUCUGAACGGUGAAUAUUACAGUGCCUUUUCAGCAGAGAACACCAUCAGGAUCAUCACCGUCUCAAUUGCUAGUUUCAGGAACAUCAAUGCUACCAUUAAAUGUAUCAGUGAGAAUCUCAUUGGUCGGGCAGAAAUGGAAAUUCAGGUGCAAAAUAAUGCUGGGAAACCCAAAGUAAAUUGGAGUUUGUCCACCUCUUGGAUAUUCUUUACCCUUUCAGCUGUUGUAAAUGUCAUCUUUGUUUCCUGUUUGACUGUCGUCCUACGAAGGAGAGAAAAGCAUGAACCAAAAGAUGACAACCAUGUCUACAUGACUUCAUUGAAGAGAGAGGAAUCUGUGUAUGAGACUAUUAAAAUGUCCUCAGAGAGAUCUUAGUGCUUGAUCGACACAUUACAGCUGAAAUGAAGCUUUUUGUUGAGUUUAUGUCAAGUGGCUUUUCUUACACAUUAGUAUAAAAAGUGGAACAGUUAGCAUGCGUAGCACAUGCUAAUGUCCUAAAACUCUGAACAACGAUUGUUUUUAAUAUGUGUCAUUUUUACUUCAUGACAGAAAAAUGCUUUAAAAAACAGUUUCUUAUUCCACUGUUUUAGAAAAGAUUUGUAAUUUUUAUGUUAAGACU